UUUGGAUAUAAAGUCAACCUAAUUUUGUUUACGUUGUGCUGUGAUUUACGUCACUGCUUCGUGCGUUGUUAUACUGUUUAACGGAAAAAUGGAGAAGUUUACUGCGUUGAUUAUUUUAAAUUUCUUUUGUGGAACAUUGGCUAUGAUGACAGGCGGUUGGAAAGAAAUCGACAAAAAUUCUCCUGAAGUUGCGAAACAUGCUCAGUUUGCUACAAAUAAAAUUUCAGCAUCAUCAAAUUCACUUUACCAUCUGAAACCAGUUGAAAUUUUAAAAGCUGAGUCCCAGGUUGUAUCUGGAAUAAAUUACAGGAUGACAAUUAAAAUGGCACCUACAGAAUGUAAAAAGAAUAGUAGCAAUAAUUCAGACCUAUCGCAGUGUGAUCUCCUUAAGUGUGAAGCGCCAAUGAUUUGCAAUGUUACUGUUUGGGUUCAAGCCUGGAGAGAAAAUGGUACCAAGCUUACAAAGUCAUCCUGUGAACCAGGAGAAAGACCAUGUUAAUUAAUAAAACAGAUAUUUGUCAGGUUUAGCAAAAUUUAUGAACAUGUUUAUAUAUCUAUGCUUGUGUCUAUUUACAGCGAAUGUUUAAAGACACAUUUAUGCUAUGUUCAAUUCAUGAAUAAAAAUUUUUAUUUCUACAUUUAAUAUAGGAUAUAUAGAGGUCACAUUAGAAUUUAAAAUUUGCUAAAUUUUAUAUAUUUUGCAAUAUUUUUCAUAUUUAUGCAAUAUAUGAUUUGUUAUUGAUCUGACUUUUUUCGUAUAUGUAAGCCUUUAAUUUAAAAAAUGGUUGUUCGUUUUGGGCCGUUAUAUUUAUGUAUCUGUUUUAUUUAACUAGAUUUAUUUUAUCUUUCUCAUUUAUGUGAUUUUUAUUAUAUAUAUAUAUAUGACUAUUUUGUUAAUAAAAUGGUUAUUCACUUAACAUGCUCUCAUAAUUAUGUUGAAAGUUUUGAAGCUACAGUAGUCAAUUCCUUACAGUGUAUUAGUACAGCAAUAGAGUAAAUAUUUUUUUUAUUUAAAAUUCUGUAUACUUUCUGAUAAUGAAAGAUUUUGAAAAUGAUCAUUUUAAACAUGGUUAUAAAUUAUAUGUCUAACACAGUUUUACUUCUGUCUCCUUACUGCAUAAUAUUUUCCUUGCUAAUGACUAAAUUAUCAAAUCAAAUAAAAGACAUGACAGAAUUACUCCUGUUUUUAAAAGGAGUUGAAUCUUCAUAGUGCAUCUAUUUCAUAGCAAAUUUGUGUUGAUGAUGAUGCUAAAAAAACUGAUGAUUUUGACCAUUCCCACGAAUUGUUGUCAAGCAAGGGUCUGGCCACUCGGGUUGAAAUUUGGCUACCGUCGAACCAUGAAAAUCAAGUAAGAUCCACCAAAGUUGUGCUAGUUAUUUCUGUGGAAUUCUGAGCCAGACUUCCGUCUGCAGCUUUUACACUAAAACAUUUAGUAAGUCUCUCUGUAUGAUCUAUCAAAUAGUCACUGCUUCAGAAGUAUUUGACCUGCUUCAUUUUUGCACUUCUUAAAAAGUGAUUUUAGUAUUUUGUUUAGCCCUCUGAUUUUAUCAAAAACUCAAUUUAGUGAUUAUUACUGUUACUCUAUUCUAUGAGUACAAACUUCCUGCAGGUGACUGCUUCAAUCUAUUACUGUUUCUCUGACUGACUGUUCUUUAAAAUUUAACUGAUGUUAAUCCUCUCAACCAGCUGUCAAUGAAUCGGAAUGCAGUCAUAAAUGUGAUUCUACAGCCAUGGAACUAAUUUUUUUUUUUUUUUUUUUUUUUUUUUUUUUUUUUCUGUAGUUAAAUAUGUAAGUUAAAAAUAUAGCAAGUCAUAAAAAUAAAAGUGGUGUAUUGAGAAUCAUUUGGGAUUACAUCAAAUGAAAACACAGAUGUUAUGAGUAUGUUGUGAUGUCACACUUAUCCAUAACCAAUUGUAAAUUGUACUGCUUGGCUACAGUUUUAUGGCCCAUAAGAUAAUAUGUAAAUACCCUCAUUAUAUACUGUACUGUAUUAUACUACCAUUGAGCACUUUUGUUUGACUAUAAAAUAUAUAUAUAAAUAAAUAUGCAUAUAUGUGUUAUAAGGGAUUCAAAUGGCGGAUAGACUGUUAAACUUAAAUAGCUUAUUGAAAAGAUGUUGUGAUAAAUUCUUCAUUUUAUAUAAGUUGAAAGAAAUGUAAUAGGAGAUGAUGGAGAUAGGAAAUUGUGUGUAGAAAAGUAAGCAGAAUAAGUUAUUUCGUAAGCAUUUAAAGGAUAUAUUUAAAAAAAAUCUAAGUCUAUAAAUUCACUUCUAUAUUAGCCAGAGAGAUUGAAAUUUUAUUACAAAUCACAAACUGUUAUAAUUCUCACAUAUUUGAUGAAACAUAGCUAUAAUUCAUACGACUUUUUUCUUUAUGUAAAUAAAAUUAUAUUGAAUUUUACUAUACAAAAUGAGCUUUGGAUGUUCUGUGCAUGUUCUGCUUUCAUGAAACUUUUAUGUAUUGAAAAAUUUUAAAUAAAUUCAUAUGAAUUUCAUA